AUGGCCAGGAAGACAGCCAAGCUAUUUCAAACCAACGGCUUAAGAAGCCUAUGUUCUGAGAAUCAAAUCAAAAUAAUGAAUACCAUUGAUAAUCUUCGCUCUCAAGGUAUCAAUCAUAAUAUUUCCUUGCCACAAAUCAUUGUGUAUGGCGACCAAUCAUCUGGGAAAAGUUCGGUUCUUGCGGCUAUUUCGGGCGUGCCUUUUCCUGUCAAAGGAAACCUUUGCACAAGGUUCCCAACUGAAUUGAUCCUUCAGAAGACGCCUGAGGUCAGCGUUCGUGUAAAUAUCGUACCAUACCACUCUUCUAGAGAGACUGAACGGACGUCUCUGAGCGAAUUCAGCCAGGAGCUUGAUGCUUUUGAUGGUCUGGCAAAGCUGAUUGAGGAUGCGAGAGCAGCAAUGGGUGUCUAUGAAAAUGGCAAAGCUUUCUCCAAAAACAAGCAAAAAUCGGCUUCCGAUAUCGAAGCAGUACAAAGCAUUGUCCAUACUUAUAUGAAGGAACCACGAAAUAUUAUCCUUGCGGUGAUUUCUGCCAAAAAUGAUUAUGCAAAUCAAAUUGUGCUCAAGCUCGCACGCACUGCUGAUCGUGGUGGUAGUCGAACAUUAGGCGUGAUUACAAAACCCGAUACUCUUGUCGCGGGUGCCGAGGGCGAGAACUACUAUGCUACUCUUGCAAAGAACCAGGAUAUAAAAUUCUCUCUUGGGUGGCACGUGUUGAAGGAUUUGGAUUUUGAUGUAGGAACUUGGUCCUUAUCACACCGCGACUCUGAGGAAGAGGAGUUUUUCUCCAAAGGCAUCUGGAAAGAGGUCCCUGCAACAUCACUAGGGAUAGUUAAUUUACGCAAAAGGCUUAGUGAUGUUCUUCUACGACAAAUUAUAGGUGAAAUGCCAGGGUUGAUUAGAGAAAUCCAAACAGAAUUCGAAAAUUCUAUGAAACGACUUGAAGAACUUGGGGAACCGCGGUCAACUUUAGAGCAACAACGAAACUACCUUCUACACACCAGUCUUCAAUUCCAAAAAAUCUUGAGACUAGCUGUAGAUGGAACAUAUAAUGAUCCAUUCUUUGGUGAUGCCAAGUCUGAAAUUGGCUAUCAAAAACGAUUACGAGCUGUACUUCAGAAUCUUAACCUCAGUUUUGCAAAUACAAUCAAUCAAGAAGGCCAUAGAUAUUGCAUUACUGAUCAUACGCCGAACAAGAAUGAGGGUGAUGGUUUUGACUAUGAAAUUGAUACAACAAUAUCGAUCACCAAAGAUCAAUUCAUAGACAAAAUCGAAGAUCUCAUGAAGAGAACAAGAGGUCACGAGCUACCAGGGUCAUUCGACUCGCUGAUCAUUACUGAUAUAUUUCGGCUGCAAUCAACCCCCUGGGAAGCUAUUACUCAAAAGCAUGUCAAAGAAGUCCUUUUCAAUACUCGGACAUUCAUCAAACUCCUGAAUUCAAGUAUUGUAGAUUCUUCGACAUCAGAGGCGCUAUUUUCCGGAAUCCUCGAGCCGGCUUUAGAUAGGUUGUCGAGAAAUUUACAGUCGAAAGUCGCCGAAUAA